AUGAUCUCAUCGCUGGUCCUAAUGUCCAUAUCCAUCAUAACGAUCCCGUACUCCCAAUACAUACCCCAACUAUACACGUGUUUCUGGUUAUUUGGUUUCGGCUCCGGGGUCUACGUGAACGUCAAGUACGUCUGGCUCAUAGACAUGUGGCAGGAGUCCAGUGCACCUAUACUUCAUUUGGCGGGCUUUAUGUUCGGCAUCGGACACACGUUGGGACCCCUUAUCGAGAAGCCCUACCUAACGGGCGAACAGUUUGCGGCACUGGAUGCCGAUAAUAGGGUGGCACUGGUAGCUAAAAACAUAUCCGUCCACAAGUCAGAUAUCUUAAGCGAUGACUCCUAUGUUAGGAGACAUAAGCUUAUGAUACCGUACCUUAUAUGCGGGUCCAUACAUAUUUUAGGUCCAAUACUACUAGCAAUAAUUUUCAAUAGCCGGCGCACUUCAACACUGGACAGCACCAAGCUCAAAAUUGUACAAAAUAACGAUAAUACCACCAAUAUACAUAAUAACAACAACAACACCAAAAACAACAAUACUACCACCACCAAUGGCAGCAAAAAGUUACUAGAACAAAUGCCGCAACAAAAACUCACCAUGAUCAUACUAGUGUGCUUGCUACUGGCCUUUUUCAGCGCCAGUGAGAGUAUAUUCUUCGCGUUCAGCGCCACCUAUUUCCAGUACAUACCCCUCAAACUGAGCGCCAGUAGCGCCGCCCAAUUGGUAUCAUCCAUGGCCCUCACGUUCACCAUAAGCCGAGGUGUGGCCAUCAUAUUAGCCAUGCGGACGACCCCACAGAAAAUCAUAGCCGUCUUCCUGGCCAUCCUAUUGGUGUCAAUGGUUUUGCUGUUUUUCGCGACCAAUUCGUUGACACUCUUAUGGUUGGCCAUCCUAUUGAUGAGCUUCGGGUUCAGCCCUAUCUAUGCGUCGAUCUUCUCGUUUAUGGGCCGUUACCUCGAGUUCACCAAUCAGUUGGGAACCGUACUCCUACUGAGCGCUAAUAGUCUUAAUCUGGUGCUGCCCGGCCUACUCGGCGCCUACAUCGAAGUGAUGCCAAAUAUAUUUUUGGUCACCCUGAUCAGUUGUGCCACUUUUACAUACUAA